AUUAAUAAUAAACUUUGAUAAAUAUACUUAAUAAUUUUUUAAUAUUUAUCAAAUUUAAAUUACAAAUUUAAUAAAAUAUCUAAAGUAUAACAAUAUACUAAAAAACAAAAAUUAAAAAUAAUAUUAAUGUUGCUUGUAGUAGAAAAGAAAAAUAAUGUAUAGUUUAGUACGAAUUUGAUGACAGUGGUACAUUUCUCGAAUGGCGCAUACACGGCAUACACGGCUCAGCUGUGUGUAAAUAUGAAGGCAAAUUAAUGCCGAGUUAUAAUGCAUUUUAUUGUGCUUUUAAUUAGUUAACAAAGUGCUAGAUCUAGCUUUGAUCUUAAUAGAUACAAUGGACCUUGUUGCACUUGCUAAAUUUUCAUUAUUUCACUGCAGUUAAUUUCUUUAGAGAUUUUAUACAUGGUUUAAUGAACGAUACAGGACAAUAUUUGAGUCAUUGAAUUAGUAAUAAGUAUUUUAAAAUGGAAGUGAUACGUGACGAGGAUCGGCGAAGGCGCCUAAGAACUUUAGAAGAAAAAAUUAAAGAUCCAAGGAGUAUUUCCAAUAUUGAUUGUCUUUUGGACACAGUUCAGGCUCUUGUGGCUGAUUGUGAUCAUCCAAGUGUUAAACGCAUGAAAAAUAUUGAGGCUUAUAUGACUAGAUAUGAUUCAGUAGCACGUGAAAUAAACAAAAUGCGUAUGCGUACAGAUGAUUUUACUCUUAUUAAAGUCAUUGGUCGUGGAGCAUUUGGUGAGGUGCAACUAGUUAGACACAAUUCAACUCAAAAAGUUUAUGCUAUGAAAUUACUUAGUAAAUUUGAAAUGAUUAAACGGUCGGACUCAGCAUUUUUUUGGGAAGAAAGAGAUAUUAUGGCACACGCCAACUCUCAAUGGAUUGUACAAUUACACUUUGCUUUUCAAGAUCAUAAAUAUCUUUAUAUGGUAAUGGAUUACAUGCCAGGUGGUGAUUUAGUUAAUUUAAUGUCUAGUUAUGAUGUGCCAGAAAAAUGGGCAAAAUUUUAUUGUGCCGAAGUUGUACUAGCAUUAGACGCUAUACAUUUAAUGGGAUUUGUGCACAGAGAUGUUAAACCAGAUAAUAUGUUGCUUGAUAAAUAUGGGCAUCUUAAAUUAGCUGAUUUUGGUACUUGUAUGAGGAUGGACGAGGAUGGUUUGGUAAGAUCAGAUACUGCCGUUGGAACACCUGAUUAUAUAUCCCCAGAAGUACUUCAAUCUCAGGGUGGUGAAGGUGUGUAUGGUCGUGAAUGUGACUGGUGGUCUGUAGGUGUAUUUCUUUAUGAAAUGUUGGUUGGUGAUCCACCUUUUUAUGCUGAUUCACUUGUUGGUACAUAUUCAAAAAUAAUGGAUCAUCGUAAUUCACUUCAUUUUCCUCAAGAAAUAGAUAUAUCUCAAUCAGCAAAGAGUAUUAUUUGUGGGUUUUUAACUGAUCGUACAAAUCGUUUAGGAAGAAAUGGUGUAGAAGAAAUAAAGAAACAUCCAUUUUUUAAAAAUGAUCAAUGGACAUUUGAUAAUUUAAGAGAAUGUGUUCCUCCUGUUGUACCUGAAUUAUCAGGUGACGAUGAUACAAGUAAUUUUGAAGACGUUGAUAAAGAAGAUACUCCAGAAGAAAGUUUUCCUGUACCAAAAGCUUUUUCUGGCAAUCAUUUACCAUUUAUAGGAUUUACUUACUCUGGUGAUUAUCAAUUUCUUGUUUCUUCAGGCAAAGAAUCAGUAGACGGCCUUGAAAAUCAUAUGAAUAAUGGGAUAACAGAUGAAGUUAAAAUUUCACAGUUGGAAAAUUUAUUAGAACGUGAAAAAAGACAAGUUGAUGCAAUGGAAAAUCGUCAUCGUACUCUUACUGCUCAAUUAGAAGCAAUAACACAAAGAGAAUCAGAACUAAGAGAAGAAGCUGGUAGAGCUGAUAAAGAAUUAACUAUUCUUCGACAUAGUUAUAAAGAAGUACAACGUCGUAUUGAGCAUGAAACAGAAGCUCGAAGAAAAGCAGAAGGAAUGUUAGCGGAUUUAAAGAAAAAAUUUGAUGAAGAACAAAGUAAAAGAGCUCGGGAUGCAUCAAAUUCUCAACAAACAUCCGAACGAGUUUUAACAUUAGAGAAACAAAUAAAAGAAAUGCAGAGUAAAUUAGAAAGAGAAACAGAAUCUGCAACAAGAAUGAGAAAACAAGCAACAGAAGUUACUGUUGCUAAGCAAACUGCUAAGCAAAUGGCCAAUGAAUUACAAGCAGCAAGAGCUCAAUUACAAGCACAAACUGAUUCUUUACAACAAGAAGUUGCGAGUUUGCAGGGUCAAUUAUCCAAAGAACGAAGUUCUCGAACCCAAGCAUCAACUUUAACUGCAGAGCUUGAAACAAGAUUAGCUUCUUUAUAUGUUGAAUUGGAAAGAAGUCGAGAAAAAGAAGAAAAAGUUAUGACAGAUAAUCGGCAACUAAAUGAGAGAGUAUCUGCACUAGAAAAAGAAACAGCCAGUUUAACUCUAGAGCUUAAAGCUGCUCAAGCUAGGUACAAUCAAGAAGUUUUAGCUCAUCAGGAAACUGAAAGAUCGAGGAUGCUAUCAAAAGAAGAAGCUAACAUGGAAGUUGUUAAGGCUUUACAAGUCAAGCUAAGUGAGGAAAAAAGUGGAAGACAAAGAGCUGAAUUACUUGCUCAAGAAAAGGAACGUCAAACAUCAAUGCUGUCUGUGGAUUAUCGGCAGAUACAACAACGACUACAAAAAUUAGAGGGUGAACACAGACAAGAAGUAGAAAAAGUUAAAGCACUUCAGGGUCAGGUGGAACAAGAACAACAAAAACGAAAUUUACUUCAGUCGGAUUUAGCGCAACAGUCAUCUGAUGCUGGAAGGUUACGUGCACGUGAGCAACAGUUGGUUAAUGAAGUAAGCCAAUUACGUGAAGCUAAACGACAAAUUGAUGAAGAACUAAAUAAUCUUAAAACUCAACGUAAUGUUGAUUUGUUACAAACAAAAGAACUUCAAGAGCAGUUAGAAGCUGAAGCUUAUUUUUCUACACUGUACAAAACGCAGACUCAAGAACUUCGAGAAGAAUUGGAUGAAAAGACGAGACUUCAACAAGAACUCGAAGAAGAACGUAGUUCACUAGUGCAUCAAUUACAACUAUCUUUAGCUCGAGGUGAUAGUGAAGCUCUAGCAAGAUCAAUAGCUGAGGAAACCGUUGCAGAUUUAGAAAAAGAAAGAACGAUGAAGGAAUUAGAAUAUAAAGAUGGUUUAGUUAAACAUCACCAUGAAAUUACUGUUAAGGAACAAAUGUUGAAUCGUUUAAAAGAUGGUGAGUCUGAACUGAAAAAGAGUAUUGAACAAUAUGCUAAAGAGAAGGAAGAUGCUGCAAAAAGGAUAAAAGAACUUCAGGAACAACUCGUUAAAUUUCAAUCAAAUGCUGAAGAAAUUGAUAGGCUUAGUAGUAAAUUAAAAACAGAGACAUUGUUGAAAGAACAAGCUAUCAAUAAAUUAACACAAAUUGUUGUAAGAAAAGAUUUUUCUGCUGGUGGAAAAACUAAAAAUAAACCAUCUUCAGCAGACCUUCGGAAAAAAGAAAAAGAUUGUAGACGAUUACAACAAGAACUUACGCAAGAACGAGAAAAAUAUGGACAAUUGGCAGCUAAAUGGCAAAAGGAUUUACAAGAUUUACAAGCACAGCUUGUUGAAGAAAAUCAAGCAAAACUCCGAUUACAAAUGGAAUUAGAUUCAAAGGAUUCAGAAAUAGAAACACUACAAAUGAAAAUAUCGUCAAUGAAUUCGGAGACUGCCAGUGUAUCGUCAAUUGAAAAUGAUGGUGAUGAUUCAGUUUUACCGGAACAUGGUGCCAUGAGACUUGAAGGCUGGUUAAAUGUGCCGAAUAAACAAAAUAUUAAGAGACAUGGGUGGAAAAAACAAUAUGUUGUUGUUUCAUCAAAAAAAAUUAUUUUUUACAAUAGUGAACAUGAAAAAAUAAAUGCUGAUCCAGUGUUAAUACUGGAUUUAAGUAAAGUUUUUCACGUAAGAUCUGUAACUCAGGGAGAUGUUAUUAGAGCAGACGCCAAAGAUAUUCCUCGGAUAUUUCAGUUACUUUAUGCUGGCGAGGGUGAAGCAAGACGUCCUGGUGACGAAGGUAAUGCAUUGCCAGUUCCAGAACUUACUCAAUUAGUUGAAAAACCAGGUAUGCAACCAGUUAUUAAGGGUCAUGAAUUCAUUUCAAUAUCUUAUCAUAUGCCUACAACCUGUGAAGUAUGUUCGAAACAAUUAUGGCAUAUGUUUAGACCACCACCAGCAUUAGAAUGUCGAAGAUGUCAUAUAAAAGUGCAUAAAGAACACUUAGAUAAAAAAGAAGAUGCGAUAGCGCCAUGUAAACUUCACUACGAUCCUACUAGUGCACGAGAGUUACUUUUACUUGCUGGUAGUCCAGAUGAUCAAAAGUAUUGGGUAGCACGUUUGUCAAGACGUAUACAAAAGUGUGGAUAUAAAGCAAAUUCACAUAUAGAUGGCACCGGACAACGUGUAUCUCCAAGAGAAUCAACAAGAUCUACCUUGAAGCCAUAUUUAACUGUUCAGCAGAGGUCUGCUACUCUACCAGCAAAUGCGAGUAUGGGCAAAUGAUAUUUUAAAUAUUUUUAUUAAUUCUUUUUGUCAUUUGUGAUCUCUGGCCAUUCGUUAAAGGACCAAUAGUUUAAUAAUAAUAAUAAUAUAUAUUAAUCAUGCCUUAUUGUUAUUUUUUUUUCUGACUGAACAAUCAGAGAAUCUCACAUCAAUAAUUCAAUGAAAGUUUUAGGCAGCCUUACUAUAUUUUAAUAUUUUUAUGUAUGAAUCGUUAAAUAUUUGCCAUUUUAUUAUUUGAUGUGAGUCGGUAGAUAAUUGCACUACUAUACAUUAAACUAUUUCUCCUUGCCAACGAUAUAAAGAAAAUUGUUUAUUAAUUAUUUCAAGUAAUCAAUGACUUUGUUAUAAAUAAAAUUUUGCUAUUUUUAUUUUUUAA